AUGGCGGAACGGGCCGAUCUGGUCUUUCACAAUAAAGUGAUAGAUGGAACUGCCAUUAAACGACUUAUUAGCAGAUUAAUAGAUCACUUCGGAAUGGCAUAUACAUCACACAUCCUGGAUCAACUAAAGACUCUGGGGUUCCAGCAGGCCACUGCUACAUCCAUUUCAUUAGGAAUUGAUGAUCUUUUAACAAUCCCUUCUAAGGGAUGGCUAGUCCAAGAUGCUGAACAACAAAGUUUGAUUUUGGAAAAACACCAUCAUUAUGGAAACGUACACGCAGUAGAAAAAUUACGCCAGUCCAUUGAGAUAUGGUAUGCUACAAGUGAAUAUUUGCGACAAGAAAUGAAUCCUAAUUUUAGGAUGACUGACCCUUUUAAUCCAGUCCAUAUAAUGUCUUUUUCGGGAGCUCGAGGAAAUGCAUCUCAAGUACACCAAUUAGUAGGUAUGAGAGGAUUAAUGUCAGAUCCACAAGGACAAAUGAUUGAUUUACCCAUUCAAAGCAAUUUACGUGAGGGGCUGUCCUUAACGGAAUAUAUAAUUUCUUGCUACGGAGCGCGGAAAGGAGUUGUGGAUACUGCUGUACGAACAUCGGAUGCUGGAUAUCUUACACGUAGACUUGUUGAAGUAGUUCAACACAUUGUUGUACGUAGAACCGAUUGUGGAACCAUCCGAGGGAUUUUAGUGAGUCCUGGAAAUAGGAUGAUUCCGGAAAGAAUUUUUAUCCAAACAUUAAUUGGUCGUGUAUUAGCGGACGAUAUAUAUAUGGGCCCGCGAUGCAUUGGCGUUCGAAAUCAAGAUAUUGGUAUUGGACUUAUUAAUCGAUUCAUAACCUUUCAAACACAACCAAUAUCUAUUCGGACUCCCUUUACUUGUAGGAGUACAUCUUGGAUCUGCCGAUUAUGUUAUGGACGAAGUCCUACUCACGGGGACCUGGUCGAAUUGGGAGAAGCCGUAGGUAUUAUUGCGGGUCAAUCUAUUGGAGAACCGGGUACUCAACUAACAUUAAGAACUUUUCAUACCGGCGGAGUAUUCACAGGGGGGACUGCAGAACAUAUACGAGCUCCUUCUAAUGGCAAAAUAAAAUUCAAUGAGGAUUUGGUUCAUCCCACACGUACACGCCAUGGGCAUCCUGCUUUUUUAUGUUAUAUAGACUUGUAUGUAACUAUUGAGAGUGAGGAUAUUAUACAUAACGUCACUAUUCCACCAAAAAGUUUACUUUUAGUUCAAAACGAUCAAUAUGUAGAAUCAGAACAAGUGAUUGCUGAGAUUCGCGCGGGAACAUACACUCUUAAUUUAAAAGAGAGAGUUCGAAAACAUAUUUAUUCUGACUCAGAGGGAGAAAUGCAUUGGAGUACCGACGUGUACCAUGCACCCGAAUUUACAUAUAGUAAUGUCCAUCUCUUACCAAAAACAAGUCAUUUAUGGAUAUUAUCAGGAGGUUCGUGCGGAUGCAGUCUAGUCCCUUUUUCACUCUACAAGGAUCAAGAUCAAAUUAACGUUCAUUCUCUUUGUGUCGAAAGAAGAUAUAUUUCUAGCCUUUCAGUAAAUAAUGAUAAAGUGGGACAAAAAUUUUAUGGUCCGGAUCUCUCUGGUAAAAACGAAAACGGAAUUCCUGAUUAUUCAGAACUUAAUCCAAUCCUAUGUACGGGUCAAUCUAAUCUCACAUAUCCUGCUAUUUUCCAUGGUAAUUCUGAUUUAUUGGCAAAGAGGCGAAGAAAUGGAUUCAUCAUUCAAUUUGAAUCACUUCAAGAACGAGAAAAAGAACUACGACCCCCUUCCGGUAUUUCGAUUGAAAUACCCAUAAAUGGUAUUUUUCGUAGAAAUAGUAUUCUUGCUUUUUUCGAUGAUCCUCAAUACAGAAGAAAUAGUUCAGGAAUUACUAAAUAUGGGACUAUAGGGGUGCAUUCAAUCCUCAAAAAAGAGGAUUUGAUUGAGUAUCGAGGAGUCAAAGACUUUAAGCCAAAAUACCAAAUGCAAAUGAAAGUGGAUCGAUUUUUUUUCAUUCCCGAGGAAGUGCAUAUUUUACCUGAAUCUUCUUCCAUAAUGGUACGGAACAAUAGUAUCAUUGGAGUAGCUACACGACUAACUUUAAGUAUAAGAAGCCGAGUAGGCGGAUUGGUCCGAGUGGAGAAAAAAAAAAAAAGGAUUGAACUCAAAAUAUUUUCUGGAGAUAUACAUUUUCCUGGAGAGAUGGAUAAGAUAUCCCGACACAAUGGGAUCUUGAUACCACCAGAAAGAGUAAAAAAAAAUUCUAAGAAAUCAAAAAAAUCGAAAAAUUGGAUUUAUGUCCAGUGGAUCACACCUACCAAGAAAAAGUAUUUUGUUUUUGUUCGACCUGUAAUCAUAUAUGAACUAGCCGACGGUAUAAAUUUAGUCAAACUUUUCCCACAGGAUCUAUUGCAAGAAAGGGAUAAUCUGGAGCUUAGAGUUGCCAAUUAUAUACUUUAUGGAAAUGGCAAACCAAUUCGGGGAAUUUCUGGCACAAGCAUUCAAUUAGUUCGGACUUGUUUAUUGUUGAAUUGGGACCGAGACAAAAAAAGCUCUUCUAUCGAAGACGCGCGCGCUUCCUUUGUUGAAGUAAGUACAAAUGGUCUGGUUCGAAAUUUCCUACGAAUAGACUUAGGGAAAUCCGAUACUGCGUAUAUCAGAAAAAGGAAAGAUCCGUCAGGUUCAGGAUUGAUCUUUAAUAAUGAGUCAGAUCGUACCAAUAUCAAUCCAUUUUUUUCUAUUUAUUCCAAGACAAGGGUUCCACAAUCUCCGAGUCAAAAUCAAGGAACUAUUCGUACGUUGUUGAAUAGAAAUAAAGAACGCCAAUCUUUGAUAAUUUUGUCAGCAUCGAAUUGUUUGCAAAUAGAUCUAUUCAACGAUGUAAAAGAUUAUAAUGUCAUAAAAGAAUCAAGUAAAAAGGAUCCUCUAAUUUCAAUUAGGAAUUCGUUAGGACCUUUAGGGGCGGCCCCUCAAAUUGUGAAUUUUUAUUCAUUUUAUUACUUAAUAACUCAUAAUCCGAUCUCCCUAACUAAAUAUUUGCAACUUGACAAUUUAAAACAGAUUUUUCAAGUACUUAAAUAUUAUUUAAUGGAUGAAAACGGGGGGAUUUUAAAUUCCGAUCCAUGCAUUAACAUCGUUUUCAAUACAUUUAAUUUGAAUUGGCAUUUUCUGCAUGAUAAUUAUCACAAUAAUUAUUGUGAAGAAACACCUACAAGAAUUAGUCUUGGACAGUUUUUUUUUGAAAAUGUAUGUAUAGCCAAAAAUAGACCACACUUAAAAUCGGGUCAAAUUAUAAUUGUUCAAGUUGAUUCUCUAGUAAUAAGAUCAGCUAAGCCUUAUUUGGCCACUUCAGGAGCAACUGUUCAUCGCCAUUAUGGCGAAAUCCUUUACGAAGGAGAUACUUUAGUUACAUUUAUAUAUGAAAAAUCACGAUCUGGUGAUAUAACGCAGGGUCUUCCAAAAGUCGAACAAGUAUUAGAAGUGCGUUCGAUUGAUUCAAUAUCGAUGAGCCUAGAAAAGAGAAUUGAGGGUUGGAACGAGCGUAUAACAAGAAUUCUUGGAAUUCCUUGGGGAUUUUUGAUUGGUGCUGAACUAACGAUAGUGCAAAGUCGUAUCUCUUUGGUUAAUAAGAUCCAAAAGGUUUAUCGAUCCCAGGGGGUGGAGAUCCAUAAUAGACAUAUCGAAAUUAUUGUACGUCAAAUAACAUCAAAAGUGUUGGUUUCAGAAGAUGGAAUGUCUAAUGUUUUUUCACCUGGAGAACUCAUUGGGUUGUUACGAGCGGAACGAACAGGGCGUGCUUUGGAAGAAGCGAUCUGUUACCGAGCCGUAUUAUUGGGAAUAACGAAAGCAUCUCUAAAUACUCAAAGUUUCAUAUCGGAAGCAAGUUUUCAAGAAACUGCUCGAGUUUUAGCAAAAGCCGCCCUCCGAGGUCGUAUCGAUUGGUUGAGAGGUUUGAAAGAGAACGUUGUUCUAGGAGGCAUGAUACCCGUUGGUACGGGAUUCAGAGAAUUAGCGCACCGUUCGAGGCAACAUAACAAUAUUCCUUUAGAAACCCCCCCAAAAAAAAUUUUCGAGGGGGAAAUGAGAGAUAUUUUGUUCCACCACAAAGAAUUAUUUGAUUUUUUCAUUUCAACGAAUUUACAUGAUACAUCAGAACAAGAAUUUCUAGGAUUUAAUGAUUCAUAA